AAUUUUAUUUAUUCGACUGGAAAUCUAAUCGCCACUAUAGUAUAAGCAUUCGUCAUGAAAACGUCGUAUUUGAUAUGUGGAAUAUACGUCCUAAUGGACUUGGCUAGUAGCGCUGAGCGCAGCUUUCGGAUUUACUUUGACGAAUUUGCAAUCAAGUACAAGGUGGCAGAUAUUUUUGAGAAGGUGGAAUGUCAUUUGUCUCAAUUGAACAAUCGGAGCUACAUCAACGCAGAGAUGAUACUUAAAAGGGAAGUGAACGAUAUGACCAUUCGAGCCACCAUGGAUUUUUGGAAACCAAACUCUCAAAUAAAUAUGAAAGUGUAUGAUGUUCGACUGGAUGGAUGUGACCUACUUCGAAGCAUAAACAAAAAUAAACUUUUAAACUUGUAUGUGAAGACCUUCAAAAAGCACGCUAGUGUUACUUUGUCAUGUCCAUUUAAAGCGAACUACAGCUACAAGAUGGUGGAUUGGUUUAUGGAGGAAAAUGAUCUUCCACCCUAUAUGCCGGUUGGCAAAUUUCGAACACUCACUGAAUAUUUCACGCGACAGCGAUUGGCAAUACGUGUUGUGGCACACGGCAAUGUUUCGGCCAACCAAUAAGCCCUUGCAAUAACACUUCAAAAGGGGUUUCCUCUGUUUACAA